AUGCCGGAGGAGGGUUGUCUCUUGUACUGCUGCUUGAACAAGGUGGAUUUCGCGAGGCAGAUGCCCCCUUUCGAUGAGUGGAGACUAUGUCCAGCCGGUCUUGAAGGGCCUCGUGAGAACCCUGUCUUCGUAGCUCCCUUGCCUGUCGCCAGCGCGGAGCUUGCCCCAGAAGUGGGCGCAGGGGGGCGAGCGCUUUCGAGCGCCGGAGACGCGGCUGCCGCGGGGCCGGCACCGCUGGAGGCUCCUGAAGGGUCGUCUCAUGGGCCCCUGGAGAGCCAUCCUGAGGAGGCGGCCGGGGGGCGGAGCAGCCAGACACUCCCGAGGCUGAAGCCCCAGAGGCCCAGGCGGGCCGCCGCGAGGCGGAGGCCGAGGUCUCCACGCAGUCCUGCACCCCUGAGGUCGCCUCCUCAGGAGCCACUCCAGCGGCGCCCGGCGCUGGUGACUGUGCCCGGGGCUUCGGCCGGCUUCGACUGA